AGGCAUAAGGACACCAAACCAAACCUAUGUCUCAUGCCGCACAAGUUACGAUAUUGCUCCAUGGACUACAAAGAAGAACAACAUAAUGAAAUCGAAGCUUUAGAGUCAAUCUAUUGUGGAGAAUUGGAAAUUCUAGCAACAGAACCGUUUUAUACGUUUGCGAUUUCAAUUAAAACCGAAGAAUACGAACCUGAAACUGACAACGGACUUAGUUGUCGAUUGGAGUUUACUUACACUCCAAGAUAUCCAGAAGAGCCGCUGCUUGUAUCAAUUACGGAACAAGAAAAUUUAGACAAUGGAGACGAUGAAAUGUUAAAGGAACAUCUGGUGGAACAGAUGAAUGAAAAUCUGGGUAUGGUGAUGGUUUUUACAUUAGUUAGUGCAGCUCAAGAAUGGCUUAAUGUACAAUGGGAUAAAGUGAAAGUAAGGAGAGAAGAGACUGCAGCACAGAAGUUGAAGGAAGAAGAGGAAGCAGAAAUGAAAAGGUUUGAAGGAACUCGUGUAACUGUGGAAUCUUUCUUAAGCUGGAAGGAAAAGUUUGAUGAAGAAAUGGGCCACACAAAACGAAAAGAAUUAGCUGAGCGUGAAGGAAAAAAAUUAACAGGAAAGGAAUUAUUUAUGACUGAUAAAACAUUGGAUCAGUCAGACCUCAAAUUCUUGGACGAUGGUGAUGCUGUAAAAGUAGAUGAGAGUUUGUUCCAAAAUCUGGACGAUUUGGAUUUGGAUGAUGAUGAUGAUGAAGAUGAUCCAGACUUUGAUCCAAACCUCUCGGAUGAUAGUGCCUAAAUAAAUUUGAUAAUUUAAUAGAUACAAACAAAAAAAUUGAUAUAUAAAACAAUUAAAAACUUUAAGAUAAAAAACAGAGAAAGAGAGAGAGAGAGAGAGACAGACAAGUGUAAAAUAUACUCUCUAGAAUAGAAUCUUUUUUUUGUGAGAUAGACACUAAAAACUCCUGGCAGUGAUAAAUAGAUCACAAUCAUUAAAACACAAAAUCAAUAUUAUUUUAUUAGAUGAUAACCUAUAGAUUUGAAAAUAUGUAAAGCAAUGAACUAAUUUUUCUACUAUUGUGUAUAUAUAAAUUUUAUUUAAAAAUUUGUUUAUUAAAAAAAUAUAUCCGUUUAUGGUGGUUUAUACUUUUUUCUUACAUGUUUAGUGCAAUAGGAAAACAGGAAAUAAAUGAAAGACAUGCAAACUAACAGCCAAGAUUUUUAACAUUUAUUUAUAGUCUCAUAACAGUAAUAAUUUAUUUAUAGCUUUAUAACAGUAUAUGUGUGCACUUUUAUUAUUUCAUGUAAAAAUACCUGCAACUUGAUAAAAUUAAUCUUCCAAUA